AUGAAGCUGCAAAUUUCCACUCUUCUUCCCUCCUUCACUCUGGCCAGAUUAGGCAGUGCUGGAAUUGUCAUGAAUCCCGCAUCUUCAUCAGUCACGUCGGUAGAACAUACCUUCUACGGCUUCCCGGACAACGACCCUCCCGGGGCAGCGACAGCAUACAAUUGCGGCGGACGCAACUUCAUCGCCGGCGGCAAGGGCACCCACGACAGCCCGCUCUCCAUGGCCAGCGCGCCGGGCGAGUUCAACCUGUGCGAAGUCAUCUACGUGCCUUACCUGAAGAAGUACGUGCGCUUGGAAGACACGUGUGCGCAGUGCAUCGACGACUGGAAAUCCGGGAAAGGACAUAUCGACAUGUGGACCGGUAGCAGCACGCAGAACGGCGGGCAGCAGCAGAUCGAGUGCGAGAAUGCAUUGACGCCGGACAAGGCGCAGACGAUCAUCAGGGACCCGGAUCCCAAUCUUGAAGUCGAUGCCGCCGCAUUGUAUGAUCCUGGCACGGGUGCUUGUGGGACUAGCCACACUUAUGGUGCUCGUGAGUCGUCUCACCGCUUCGAAGUGCAGGGGUUCGAAUUGUAG